AUGGUAACCAUACCUGUCGCCCCCCAGGUGGACCCGUGUGCCUCCAGUUUGAACUCCGGUGAUGUCUUCCUGCUGGUCUCAUCCGCUGGGUCCUGGAGGUGGAGGGGGGGGCACAGCAGCCCGGCUGAAGCUCGGGGAGCAGAACACCUGGCUGCAGUCCUGCAGGUAACCCCCCCCACACUGGAGGAGGGGAUGGAGGAAGAUGCAUUCUGGGAUGCGUUGGGGGGGAAGAAGGACUACUGUCGGUCCCCCCGUCUGCAGAACAAGAUGGACGCCCAUCCUCCUCGUCUGUUCGCCUGCUCCAACAAGACCGGAAACUUCCUGAUGGAGGAAGUUCCAGGGGAGCUGACGCAGGACGACCUCGCACCUGAUGAUGUCAUGAUCCUCGACACCUGGGACCAGGUGUUCGUUUGGAUCGGAAACGAGGCUCAAGAGGAGGAGAAGGUGGAAGCUGCGGCGUCAGCUGUCAGGUACUUGGCGAGCGACCCGGCCCACAGAGACCCUCGCACCCCCACCGUGACCGUCAAACAGGGAUUUGAACCGCCGACCUUCACCGGCUGGUUCCUGGGCUGGAACCACCAGGGCCUGUGACAUCACUUCCUGUUUACACUCAGUCUCACUGCUUAGCUCUGAGGAAUUAAACGUGUCUGUCUGCUC